AUGCUGACCCAGUCGAUCCGUGCAGUUGAACACAAGUCCUCGUUGGUUCGCACUCUUGUGGCCCGCGCUGUGCGCUCUAGCGCGGUGUCCGCUCCGCUGAAAUUCAAUGGCCAGCAUUUGGCUGUGCGCAUGACUGCUUUGGGGGUACUCGGUGCCGCUUGUGUGUCCACUUUCAAUGUUGCCCAGUGCCAAGCCGCCAUCACCCGCACCCUCAAGGCUGAAAAUGCGUCUGGCGGGGGAAGCAGUGGCAAGAAGAGCGACGACCCGGUGAGCCGCUUGAUCGACCAAUACGCUGGUUCGGUUGGCCAAGUGUCCUUCGGUGGCGCCGUGGGAUUCUGCGCUGGCAUGGCGGUCAAGUCCAUUGGAAAAGUGGCUGCCGUGGCUAUCGGCGUGGUGUUUAUCGGUGCUCAGAUGGCGGCGUCGGCGGGGUACAUUCAAAUUGACUGGAAGAAGGUGGAGAAGGAUGCGAUUGCGGCUGUGGACCCCAAUGGCGAUGGCAAGAUCACGCCUGAUGACUUUAAGAUCUGGUGGAAGAAAUUCCUGGCGCUGUCCAAGCACAACUUGCCCUCCUCGGGUGGGUUUGCGGCCGGGUUUUUCUUGGGCCUCACGUACGCCUAG